UUCACACGUCGGUAUCCUUCUCCUUUAUUUCCCAUUAUCGUGAAUGUUACUGCCUGCCUUGAAACAGCAGUUAAAGAUCAACACGUUUCUUUCUGCUGCCUCUCGUCCUCUUGUCCUCUCAUCACAAGUCGCAGGUUUAGGAAACAGGAGUGAAGAUGUUGACAGUGGAAACACACUGCAUGCUGGUGGUGUCUCUUCACUUUGUGCUAGCUGUUCAGGGUGAUGACUUUGGAGUGAAUUAUCCUGCGCGAGAGAUGUGUGCUUUGAGAGGAUCCUCUGUGGUCAUACCCUGUACAUAUUAUUAUCCUAAAAAGUACUGGGGCACAACUUUAACUGUAGUAACUGUAAAGUGGUUCAGGAGUACUGCUCGUUGUGCUACUGAUUCAAACACAUACGUGUAUCACAGCACUGGAACCAAUGUGAGCACUGAAUAUAAACAGCGGACAGAGUAUCCGGAGAACAAAGUUAAGAACUGCACGCUAAAGAUACGUGAUCUGAAAAGCAGCGACACGGGCAGAUACUGUUUUAGAUUUGAAACAAAUCACCGUUCUGCUAAAUGGACUGAUGUCACUGGAGUGUCCCUUUCAAUAAGAGAGCCCAAGGUUACCCUGGACCAUCCUGGUCCAGAUAAUACUGUGAAAGAAGGCUCUUUAGUUUCCCUGACCUGUAGCUUUGUCCACUGCAACCUGAGGGAGAGCAGCAUUGUCUGGUACAAGGAGGGGCAGCUAAUCGGGAACGAGAAAUCAACCAAACUUCAGUUUAAUGUUUCCUAUGAGGAUUCUGGAAAGUACGGCUGUGCUUCUGCUGAGAACAGCAGCAUUAAAUCUGAAGAAAUCAACUUGAUUGUGAAAUACGCCCCAAAGAACACUUCGGUCUCAAUCACAGCUCCGGGUGGAAUAGUGGAAGGGAGCUCAGUGACGCUGACCUGCACCAGCACAGCAGACCCACCAGUGAGCAGCUACGCCUGGUUCAGGAGGGAUGGAAAUGGGAAUAAGGAGAAAGCACACAACAAACAUCUGAAUUUCAGCAGAAUCAGCUCCAGUGACAGUGGAGAUUAUUAUUGUGAAGCUAACAAUUCUCUUGGCACACAGAGCUCUCCCUCAGUUCCUCUGAGUGUAACAGCAGGCGUGGGAAUGAACAUGUUAGUAUAUGCAGUGGCUGGGAGUGUAGCUGUGAUCAUCUUGCUUAUCCUGGUGAUUAUCAUUUGCAUCAAGAAGAAAAAGAAAGACCAACCAAUAGGAAAAGUUAACGUGAAAAGUGAAGGAGGGAAUCAGGAGUCAACGGGUAUAAAUACAAUAUAUGUAAAUGUAUUACCUUCUACCAGAGGAACACAAGACUAUUUAGAGGAGAUGGAGGGGAUACACUAUGGUGCCAUUCGGUUCCAGGAGAAAAACCAGCCUCACGCACCAAUAGAGGAAAAGAACAUCCCUUUACAAGACUCUAUUAUCUACAGCACAGUUGCCAAGCCAGUCAUCUGAACGAUCAUGGGAUUCUUCUUGACCGCCUUCAGAUGUAUGCUGGGACCUGUCUUUCCUGGAUGUCCUCUUACCUGUCCGGAUGCAUGCAGUCUGUUUUCUAUGCUGGACGCAGUGGUGUUGCAAACACAGUCACUUGUGGUGUACCCCAAGGAUCUGUUCUUGGGCCUCUUCUAUUCAAUAUCUACGUGCUUCCCUUGGGUCAGCCCAUCCACCAAACAGCCUCAUGUUUCACUCCUAUGCUGACGACACCCAGUUCUACUUAAAACUUGAACCAGGAAGCCUCUCUGCCAUGGUCCGGCCGUCGGCUUGCGUUCAAGACAACGAGGCCUGGAUGUCUGCCAAGUUUCUUCAGCUGAGCACUAGCAAAUCCGAACUCCUUCUAGUAGGAUCUAAAACUCAACUUAAGAAUCUCAAUAUAGCUGCCCUGAACCUCGGAAACUGUCUGCU